AUGGGCCGGCCCCGGAAAGAAAGCAAUGCAUCGAGUAGGAGCGGCGAGGAGACGGCGAGAGAGCUGGGUAGCAUGUAUGAUUACCUUGCGAAAGUCAUACUAUUAGGGCCAAGCGGUGCUGGAAAGUCCUGCAUGCUCCACCGCUUCAUCAACUCAUCCUGGAAAAUCCUCUCCUCGCAAACCAUCGGCGUAGAAUUCGCCUCCAAGAUCGUGCACAUUCACCCGCGUGACCCCUCUCGCGGUACCCGCAAGCGGAUAAAGCUACAGCUUUGGGACACAGCUGGCACAGAGCGCUUCCGCUCGGUUUCCAGAUCCUACUACCGCGGCGCGGCCGGCGCAAUACUGGUCUACGACGUCUCGAGCUGGCGGUCGUUUGAAGGAUUGAGGACAUACAUGGAAGAUGUGCGCGCCCUAGCGAGCCCGGACUGCACGAUGAUACUCGCCGGGAAUAAGAUGGAUGUUGCGGAGGAAGGAGGGGGAAGGAUAGGCGGGAGUUCGCACUCGUACGCGAGCAGUUACAAUAGCGACGGCCCCGAUUCAGCAGCUGGUUCCGUUUCCUCGCGCUCCACGAUACCCGCGCUGAAUCAUUCCAAAGCGACGAUCGCGCCUGAAGGUCGCGAAGUUCCCUUCGACACGGCGAGCCGCUGGGCGGGGCAGAAUGGGAUUCCUGUUGCAGUCGAGGUAUCUGCUUUCUCGGGGGAGAAUGUGGAUGAGCUGUUCAAUCGGCUGGCGAGGAUGAUUCUCACCAAGAUUGAGCUAGGAGAGAUCGACCCGGAUGAUCCACAGAGUGGAAUUCAGUAUGGAGACAUGGGAGGGUGGGGUGUUGACGACGGAAACGAGAGUAUCAGAAGUCGAGGUGGGAGACGAGGCGGUGGCGGCGGCCAGCUAAGAGAGUGGGAAGAAGUAUUCAGGUUAAGUGGAAGUACUGGGAGGCGGAGAGGAUGUUGUUGA